AUGGGCUCCUGCGUGGGGGUCCGGUGGGAACAAGGGAACAAACCCCGGGGGAAUGCCCCAUUGUCUGCGCUCCGCACCCGCCGCGCUCCCGGCCCCGCUCCCCCCGCGGCGGGGGCGCUCCCCAACCGGGGGUACCCGGGGGAGGGGCACCCCCCAUGGCCCACCUCCCCCCCCCCCCGGGCGGCGGGGCUCCCCGGUACGGCGCGGGCAGGCGGCGGCACUCACCUCCCUCCGGGCAGGGGGCUCAGCCCGCCGCCGGCUGCUCCAUGCGGCGCUGCCGGGGGCCUCCGGGCUCGGCUGGGCCGGCGGGGGGGCGCGGGGGGGCGGAAGGGGCGGAGGAAGCCGGAGCCGCCGGAGUCACCGCCGCCGCCCGGCGGGGCCGAACCCGGUGCGGCGGGGAGCCGGUGCGGCGGGGCGCGGGGGCGGGGGGAGGCGGGGGGGGAGCGGCGCGUCCGCCGCCCACCUCGGGCCGGGCGAGGGGCGCGGGGUCCGCCCGGGGCGGCGGGGCCUGCUGGAAGGAAGCGGCGCCCGGAAUCGGAGCGCCCCGAGCAGCGCGCCUGCGCCGGCACGGCUCGGCCCGGCACGGCGGGGCACGGCGCGGGGCCGCCACCUGCCGGGGACCGCCGCACCGCGCCCGUCCGCACCGGCAUCGGCGUCCGCACCGGCACGCGCGUCCGCACCGGCAUCGGCACCCGCGCCCGUACCCGCAGCGGCACCGGCAUCGGCACCCGCAUCCGCACCGGCACCCGCACCGGCACUGGCACCCACAUCGGUACCAGCAUCUGCACCCACAGCGGCACUGGCACUGGCAUCGGCACCAGCGUCCUCACCCACACCCACGCCAGCAUCUGCGCCCGCACCAGCACCCAUACCCGCACCUGCACCAGCAUCACCAUCUACACUGGCACCCACACCCAUACCCACACCUGCAUCGACAACAGCAUCCGCACCCAUACCUGCACCAGCACCUGUACCCUCAACUGUGCCCACACCAGCAUCAGCACCCGCAUCUGCACCUGCCCAGCAUCAUGAUCCACACUGGCACCCACACCUGUAUCGGCAACAGUACCUGCACCAGCACCCGUACCCACACCAGCAUCGAGCCGUGCUGCCCAGCCCCAGCCUCGUGCUGUCCCCCGGGUUCCUGCGUGGGCCGGGGGUGCCUGCUUGGUGGGUGCUUGCAUGGGCGCAAAAUAGUACUAAAAGUGCACUAAAAUACUAAUAUAAUAAUAAUAAAUCAACACUAAAUAAUAAUAAAAUGCUCAAAUAACAAAAUAAUUAUAUAAUCUCUAAAGUAAUGUAACAUAAUACAACAUAACAUAAUAUAAACCAACAUAAUAUAAAUAUACUGUAAUAUAAAUAUAACAUACUAUAGUAUCUAGAUGAUCUUUAAGGUCCCUUCCAACUCAAACCAUUCUAUGUUUCUAUGGUUCUACAAUAUAAUAUAAACAGCAAUGAUGAUGAUGAUGAUGAUGAUGGCAGGGGGUAGUGGGCUCCAGCUGCGGCCGGGCAGGCAGAGAGCAAGGGUACCCCUGGGCCAGGCACCCCCCCACCCUGACUGGCCGCAGCAUGGCAGUGCCCUGGGGGUGCCAGAGUGUGGGGGGCUGUUCCAGCAAGGGAACGGGAUGGAGGGAGGUCUGGGAGAGGGGAAAUGGUGUUUGGGCAUCCUGGCACGUUUCCUUGUCGGCCACCAUGCUGGUCCCUGGGGAUGCUCCGCAACCCGCUCAGUCCCCAGUGCAUCCAUCCGUGGGGAGGGGCGCAGGUUCAGGAGUGCUGGGGCAGGGCAGCAGGACUGGCAGGGCCCAGAGACCCCCCACUUGCCACCGAGAAGCCCUGCUGGCCGUGUGGGCUGCCGGAACGCUGAAGUGUGAUGGUGCCUCGGUGACACCGAGGUGGCUGUCACUUCCUGCUCCAGCGCUGCCGCCAUGUACGCCACUGCAGGAAGCCCAGGCACCGGCCUCCCGCCACUUUUUGGCUCCCACUUGCAUCCCCCCAUCCUCCAGCAUCCCCCCACCAAGGCAUGGGCGACCAAAAAACAGCCUGGCCAGGAGCACAGUGCCAGCAGCUCUGGUGGCCCAGGGAGGGUCUGAAUGCUUUGCUCCGAAGCCGUUGCGUGGGAAGAAAUUGUGGCCAACUUCCCUGCGCUGAGUGUGAUGCCCCCAGGGAUGGGGAGGGGGGAACCCUUCCCACCCACCUCAGCCCCUCUUCUGCUAGAUAAAGGAUGAGGGCUCAAAAUACAAGCCCUUCAGAGAGCCAGGGAUGCUCUCCCUGGGACCAGGAAGAAGUGAUGGAGAUGUGAAGGGGACAAGGGGACAGGGAGAGGCAGGGGACAGAGCUGGGGAGAUGCCCGUGGCCGAGGGAGCGGGUUGCAAAGCCCUGCUUAUUUCCAGGUAGCACAUCCUUGCUCCUACAGCGCGUGGGAAAGAGCCAGGGACCCGCUCUGGCGUCCAGCAUCCCAGGGCCUUCGCAGCCCCGAGUUUCCCCUGGGACCUGGCGGGUUCACUGAGCGUUGGGAAGGUGGGGAAGGGGCUCAUCCUCACCCAGCCCCCAUGCAGAGCGGUACUGGGAGGAAAUGAAACCAGCUCAUGCAUCUGUUUGCAUCAGAAGCGCACCCGCAGCUGCAAGCCCCAACCCACCCACGCAUGCAUCAGUGCACCCACCUUGGUUUGCACAUGCACCGGCAUUACCUGUGCCUGCUCACAAAUGCAGCUGGGUGUGCAAGUGUGCGUGCAGGGUGGGUGCAUGCACGUGCCAACAGCCGGUUGCACGCCCAGCACGCACAAACCCAGCAUCUAUGUCCUCUGCUCGGAGUAAAGGCACAGCCCACCAGGCUGAGCGCUCCUGUCCCGCCUGCCCUCUCCCUGCCAGAUCCCAUUGCUGGGGGCACAACGCAGCCCCCACCCCGCUGCUACGCAGCCCCCCCACCCGGGUGGUGCACUCAGGGGUGGAACAGCCACAGGGACCAGAGACCGAGGAGAAGGGAGGUCUAGCCUGGGUCGAGCAGAGGACCAGCAUCUUCUCUGAGCCACCACAGAAGGAAACUUCACCAGGGAAAAGUCCCAUCAGCUCCAGCAUUCCAGAAGCUGCUCAGUCUUGGAGGCUGAGCAAAGAUUUUCUCCCCCAAAAGGCAGAAACCGGCCAUUAUCCCCGCUGUGAAGCACUGCUCCUGGGGUUCAAGGCACGGGGGAGCCUGACUGUCCGAGGAGUGAAGCUGCAAAGAGAAAGAUGAACUCCCAAGGUCUGACGGUGCAGCAGGGCCAGCAGGAUGCAGGGGCAAAGCUCACCAUGCUUGGAGGAUCGGCUGCCACCAGCUCAGAUAGACAUGUCCCCAAAAGCACUGGCAGAAAGAAAAAUCAUGCAUGGCUCAGAAAUAGAGUUUAAGGUACAAUUCAGAGUUUUAUUUUAAGCUCUAGGGCACCAAGGGUGGAAUUUUUGACAUCAAGGGAUUGUCAUCAGUGUUGGGGACAAGCAGCAAAAGGGAGACACCCAAGAGUUAAUCCCCAUGGGGAGAUGAUUCCUGAUAACAGAUCUCACAAGAGAAUAAACAAGCAGCCAAAGGAAAGAAGUUAGAAAUAAAGGAUGUGCUUUUAUUGAGGAGGGUCAUUAAGUGUUGGAGCAACUUGCCCCUCUCUUCCAUCUGGGAGGAAGAGUGGUACCUCUAGCCUGUUUUGGGGCUGGGUACAGGAGGGGAGGACAUGCCACCACCCCGAAUGCUGGCACCAGGCAGGUGUCUCAGCUCGAGGGAGGUGUGUGGCUGCCUGAAGUCUUUCCCUGUGGGAAUGAGGGAGCUGGGAGCAGCCCCCGCUUUGGAAGAGGAGCUGAAGCUCAGCUGCCAUGGCUGGUCUGCUGACUCAUUUUAAAACCGACAAUAAAAGCAAUUGGCCGUGGAGUGAUAAAAGCUCCUCUGACUUAUCACCACCCCAAUUUCAGUAUCACAGCACUUGCAGGCUACUUGGGGAGUAAUUGGAUUGCUUAAUUGAGGAAGAUCAUUAGGGGAAAGCAAAGAUAGGGGAGCUGGAGUCCCUUACCUUCUCUGAGCAAUUGGGGCUUUCAUGAUGCUGAUCGAUGGAUUUGUUUAUCAGGAAGAAAUGAGGAAGAGGAGGCGGUGAAGAGCUGAGAUCCUGCACCUUGAAGCGAGCAGGGUGCCCCCAUCCCUUUCUCACAGAGGGUCCCUGGCUGGGGGGAUCUGGGGGUGGAGCUCUGCUCCAGAGCAAAGAGCAGUGCAGGGCUGAGCGACCUGGUUUGAUGCUCAGCCUGUGCUCGCUGCUCUCCUCCCUGCAUGCUGGAGGCUGCCUACACACCCGGCAGGGAAAGCAUCUGCUGAAGGAGCCUCCUUGGCUUUGAUCUUCCAGCCAUAUUGUCCAGGAGCAGGCAGGAGGCCUGGGGAUGGGGUUGGGGUGGCAGGGCUUGAAGGGGCAGUGUGGCUGCAGCACCCCCAGCAAGAAAAGUGGGACCUCACCAGGGGUCACUGGGCUCUUGGACGGGCCAGCAUGUCCAAGGAGAGGUGUGCGUGCAGGGACAUCAGACCAGGGUCUCAGGACAUCCUCCCACCUGUGCAAGCUGCCUGGAAAGGUCUCUUGCAUGUGAUGUCUCCAUUGGCAUCCAGGGGAGGGGAGAGAUGCCACCUGAAGAUGGGGCUUUAUAAAGUGGGGUGUUUUGCCUCCAACGCCACAAAGAGAAGGGCUGUGUGGGGAGGGAUAGCCACCUGCCCAUUUCUCUUCCCCUCGAGCCUCUUCCCUUUCCCUUCUCCAUCCUGAUGCUGGGGUGACUCUUUCUUCCAGGUCUCUGGUCUCCAGGCUGUACCCGCUGGUACUGGCAGCCGUGUCCCCGGUCAGGCAAUCAGCCCCUGAUAAAUGUAUCUCAGGGAGACCUUCCACCACCAAGGGGCUGUUUCACCUCAGUGAUGUUAAUAUUAAUCUGCUUAUCUGCCCGGCGGCUAUAAAACACUCAUCUCCAAAGGGAAAAAAAAAAAAUUCCCACCCUUCUUUAUA